AUGCAGUGGAGUCUGUUUGUGCUCAUUCUGAUGGGUCUAGGUCAGUGUGCCUUCUCCACAUGUCCCCUCGAUGAGUACCACUUUAUUAGUGAGACUAAGACCUGGACAGAAGCCCAGAGCUACUGCAGAAAACACCACACUGACCUGGCCACAGUGACUAACAAGACAGACAUGAAGAGACUCUGUAACUAUACAAAGAAUGUAAAGUCUGGAAUCUGGAUUGGGCUUUACAACCAAACAGAUACCAACAGGACGUGGCACUGGUCUCUGCCAGGGGUGGAGUACACUGAAACCAAGACAAACUGGGUUACAGGUGAACCAAACGAUGACACGUUUCCUGGGAACUGUGUGCGUUUACACCCGUUCCCCAGUGAUGAAUGGGCGGACAACAGGUGUCUAGAGGAGUUUAAAUUCGUCUGCUACAAUGGUGAGAAAAUGUAG